AGAAGGUUUGAAUUUCGCCGCUAACAUUCAACAGAAUUUUGUUAUUUCGGCAUAGACGGAAUAUUCUCUCUCUUUCGUCUUCCUACAAAUAUACGCGAAGUCGGUAGUAAAAGACAGAACAAAAACCUGAAUUUCAGAAAACAGAAUAUUCCGAUGACCGGGGAAUUUGAAUUCGAGAACAGAUACCAACUCUCCGACGAGAUUGCCAGCGGCAGAUUCGGUACGAUCACGCGCUGCUUCUCUCCGGUGACGAGCGAGUUCUACGCCUGCAAAACUAUCGACAAGCGCGUGCUCACCGACGCUCUCGAUCGCGAGUGUCUCGAGACGGAGCCGAAGAUUAUGGCGCUUCUACCGCCGCAUCGGAACGUCGUCAGGAUCUACGACAUCUUUGAAACAGAGGAUUCUCUGGCGAUAGUGAUGGAGCUCGUCGAUCCGUCGGUGACGAUCUACGACCGGUUGAUCUCCGCCGGAAGAAAGUUAUCGGAGGCCGAGACGGCAUCGUACGCGAGGCAGAUCCUCUCCGCGGUGGCGCAUUGUCACCGGUACGGCGUUGUUCACAGGGAUGUGAAACCAGACAAUGUCCUGCUUGAUCUCCGCGACGGCAUCGUUAAGCUCUGCGAUUUUGGAUCCGCUGUGUGGCUCUCCGGAGAGGACACGGAGACGGCGGAGGGAGUAGUAGGGACGCCAUACUACGUGGCGCCAGAGGUUGUAAUUGGGAGGAGGUACAGCGAGAAAGUCGAUGUGUGGAGCGUCGGAGUAGUGAUGUACACGAUGCUCGCGGGAGAGCCUCCGUUUAAUGGUGAGACGGCGGCGGAGAUAUUCGAGGCCGUUGUGAGAGGGAAUCUGAGGUUUCCGCCGAGAAUUUUCCAGUCGGUUUCGCCGGAGGCAAAGGAUCUGAUGAGGAAGAUGAUCUGCAGGGACGUUUCACGACGGCUUUCCGCAGAAGAAGCGCUUCGUCAUCCAUGGUUAAACAACGGAGGAGAACGAGGAGAGUAGAGAGAGAGGGCGAGAGGGGUUUAACCUGAGAGGUCAGAUGUUGUAAGCCACCGGUAAUUCUCUCUCCAAAGUGAUGUAUGCUGCUCGUUAAAGUUUGAUCUUUGCUCGUUA